AUGGGUCAGACUUUGUCAGAACCAGUAGUCGAUAAGACUUCGUCCGAGGGCGAAGAUGAUUGCUGCAUCUACGGCGUCUCAGCCAUGCAGGGCUGGCGAAUCAGCAUGGAGGAUGCUCAUGCUGCCGUCCUAGACCUCCACGCGAAAUAUACGAGUCCAGAAGAGACAUCAACGGAUCCUGCCAAACGCCUAGCUUUCUUUGGAGUAUACGAUGGACACGGCGGAGACAAAGUCGCACUGUUUGCUGGAGAAAAUGUGCACAAGAUCGUCGCAAAACAGGAUUCAUUCGCAAAGGGCGACAUUGAACAGGCCCUGAAAGAUGGUUUCUUAGCUACCGAUCGGGCUAUCUUAGAAGACCCGAAAUACGAAGAGGAAGUCUCCGGCUGCACAGCAGCUGUCAGUGUAAUCUCAAAACAUAAGAUCUGGGUGGCCAAUGCGGGUGAUUCUCGCUCUGUGCUUGGAGUCAAGGGCCGCGCAAAGCCUCUCUCUUUUGAUCAUAAACCCCAGAAUGAAGGCGAGAAGGCUCGUAUCAGUGCCGCAGGUGGCUUUGUCGAUUUCGGCCGUGUGAACGGAAACCUGGCCCUGUCACGAGCCAUUGGUGAUUUCGAGUUCAAGAAAAGCCCCGAGCUUGCGCCCGAACAGCAGAUCGUGACCGCUUAUCCGGAUGUGACAGUCCAUGAGCUCAGUGAUGACGAUGAAUUCCUUGUCAUAGCCUGUGACGGUAUCUGGGACUGCCAGUCUUCCCAGGCUGUGGUUGAGUUUGUCCGCCGCGGUAUCGCCGCGAAGCAAGAACUUUACCGGAUUUGUGAGAACAUGAUGGACAACUGCUUGGCUUCAAACAGCGAAACUGGUGGGGUUGGAUGUGACAACAUGACUAUGAUAAUCAUUGGCCUCCUGAACGGCAGGACUAAAGAGGAGUGGUAUAAUCAGAUAGCUGAGCGGGUGGCCAAAGGCGACGGCCCUUGCGCUCCUCCCGAAUACGGCAAGUCUCUUGAGGAUUCUACGGCCUCCAACCCCUACUGA